ACUAUUCAGCCUUGCAUACGCCUCUGGCGGGCUUAGCUGAGAUCCGCUCUUUCGGUGCUCGACUCGCCCGUGCUGCUGCCGCCGCCGAAGGAGGGGCAAAGCUCAAGAUGGCGGACAAAACGCCAGGCGGCUCUCAGAAGGCCAGUUCAAAGACGAGAUCAUCAGAUGUUCAUUCAUCUGGAUCUUCAGAUGCACAUAUGGAUGCAUCUGGACCCUCAGAUAGUGAUAUGCCAAGUCGGACACGACCUAAGAGCCCAAGAAAACAUAAUUAUAGGAAUGAAAGUGCCCGUGAAAGCCUUUGUGAGUCUCCUCACCAGAAUCUCUCAAGACCGCUUCUGGAAAACAAACUUAAAGCAUUCAGUAUUGGAAAAAUGAGUACAGCUAAGCGAACUUUAAGUAAAAAGGAACAGGAAGAAUUAAAGAAAAAGGAGGAUGAAAAGGCAGCUGCUGAGAUUUAUGAGGAAUUUCUUGCUGCCUUUGAAGGAAGUGAUGGUAAUAAGGUGAAAACAUUUGUGCGAGGGGGUGUCGUUAAUGCAGCUAAAGAAGAACAUGAAACAGAUGAAAAAAGAGGUAAAAUCUAUAAGCCAUCUUCAAGAUUUGCAGAUCAAAAAAAUCCUCCAAAUCAGUCUUCCAACGAAAGACCACCAUCUCUUCUUGUGAUAGAAACCAAAAAACCUCCACUUAAAAAAGGAGAGAAAGAAAAGAAAAAAAGCAAUUUGGAACUCUUCAAAGAAGAAUUAAAGCAAAUUCAAGAAGAGCGUGAUGAGAGACAUAAAACAAAAGGCAGAUUAAGUCGAUUUGAACCUCCUCAAUCAGAUUCUGAUGGUCAGCGUCGUUCUAUGGACGCACCUUCAAGGAGAAAUAGAUCAUCUGGUGUUCUUGAUGAUUACGCACCUGGCUCACAUGAUGUAGGAGAUCCAAGCACUACUAAUUUAUACCUUGGAAACAUUAAUCCGCAGAUGAAUGAAGAAAUGCUGUGCCAAGAAUUUGGAAGAUUCGGACCGUUAGCCAGUGUGAAAAUUAUGUGGCCUAGAACUGAUGAAGAAAGAGCCAGAGAGAGAAAUUGUGGCUUUGUGGCCUUUAUGAAUAGAAGAGAUGCUGAAAGAGCUUUAAAAAAUUUGAAUGGAAAAAUGAUUAUGUCUUUUGAAAUGAAGUUAGGUUGGGGUAAAGCUGUACCUAUUCCUCCACAUCCAAUAUACAUUCCGCCUUCUAUGAUGGAACAUACGCUUCCCCCGCCUCCAUCCGGACUGCCUUUUAAUGCGCAGCCUAGAGAGCGGUUAAAAAACCCUAAUGCUCCUAUGUUACCACCACCUAAAAACAAAGAGGAUUUUGAGAAGACUCUGUCGCAAGCCAUAGUCAAAGUGGUUAUCCCAACAGAAAGGAAUUUGCUCGCCCUGAUACAUCGAAUGAUAGAGUUUGUUGUACGUGAAGGGCCAAUGUUUGAAGCUAUGAUUAUGAACAGAGAAAUCAACAAUCCUAUGUUCAGGUUCUUAUUUGAAAACCAGACACCAGCCCAUGUUUACUAUAGGUGGAAGCUUUAUUCUAUCCUGCAGGGAGAUUCUCCAACUAAAUGGCGGACGGAAGAUUUUCGUAUGUUCAAAAAUGGAUCUUUUUGGAGGCCACCACCAUUAAAUCCAUACUUGCAUGGAAUGUCAGAAGAGCAAGAAACAGAAGCUUUUGUAGAGGAACCUAGUAAAAAGGGAGCCCUUAAGGAAGAACAGAGGGAUAAAUUGGAAGAAAUCUUGCGGGGAUUAACUCCAAGGAAAAAUGAUAUUGGAGAUGCAAUGGUUUUCUGUCUUAAUAAUGCUGAAGCUGCUGAAGAAAUAGUGGAUUGCAUUACUGAGUCAUUGUCCAUCUUAAAGACACCCCUUCCUAAAAAGAUUGCCAGAUUAUAUUUGGUUUCUGAUGUUUUGUACAACUCUUCAGCCAAAGUUGCUAAUGCUUCAUAUUAUAGAAAAUUUUUUGAAACAAAGUUAUGUCAGAUAUUUUCAGACCUCAAUGCCACCUAUCGUACAAUUCAAGGUCAUUUACAAUCUGAAAACUUUAAGCAACGGGUAAUGACUUGCUUCAGAGCAUGGGAAGAUUGGGCAAUUUAUCCAGAACCAUUUUUGAUCAAACUACAAAAUAUUUUCUUAGGACUUGUAAAUAUUAUUGAAGAAAAGGAAACAGAGGAUGUACCAGAUGACCUUGAUGGUGCCCCCAUCGAGGAAGAGCUUGAUGGUGCACCUCUGGAAGAUGUAGAUGGAAUUCCUAUUGAUGCUACUCCCAUUGAUGAUCUUGAUGGAGUCCCUAUAAAAAGUCUUGAUGAUGAUCUUGAUGGAGUGCCUUUGGAUGCAACCGAAGACUCAAAGAAGAAUGAGCCUAUAUUCAAAGUUGCCCCAUCAAAAUGGGAAGCUGUGGAUGAAUCUGAAUUGGAAGCACAGGCUGUUACAACUUCUAAAUGGGAAUUAUUUGACCAGCAUGAAGAAUCAGAAGAAGAAGAAAAUCAAAAUCAAGAAGAAGAAAGUGAAGAUGAAGAAGAUACUCAAAGUUCUAAAUCUGAAGAACAUCAUUUGUACUCUAAUCCAAUCAAAGAAGAAAUAACUGAAUCCAAGUUCUCUAAGUACUCUGAAAUGAGUGAGGAGAAACGAGCCAAACUUCGUGAAAUUGAGCUCAAAGUUAUGAAGUUUCAGGAUGAACUGGAAUCUGGAAAAAGACCUAAAAAACCAGGCCAGAGUUUUCAGGAGCAAGUAGAACACUACAGAGACAAACUUCUUCAACGAGAGAAAGAGAAAGAGUUAGAAAGAGAACGAGAAAGAGACAAGAAAGAUAAGGAAAAAUUGGAAUCUCGCUCCAAAGACAAGAAAGAAAAAGAUGAGUGUACUCCAACAAGGAAGGAAAGAUCACCAUCUGGUUCAAGGACACCUAAAAGGUCUAGGCGGUCACGAUCUAGAUCCCCUAAAAAAUCAGGGAAGAAGUCCAGAUCCCAGUCCAGAUCUCCACACAGGUCUCAUAAAAAGUCAAAGAAAAACAAACACUGACGUAGAUUUUUAAGAUGCUGUCACUUAUUGGAAAUGCCAUUUGUUUUGUGCCUGAAUGGUCUGUUUUUUAAAAAAACAAAAACAAAAAAUCAAAUGAAAGAGCAUUCCUGGGGUUUUUUGUUUGUUUGUUUGUGAAUGCAUGUGUAAACUCAUGAGUAACUGCAGCUGUAGAUCUGUCAUUGUUUUAUAUUGUGUAAUUACUUUCAUUGUGGCUAUUUCUCAAGGUGAAAUUUUAUUGUGCUAAUGAAUUUCAUCAGAAAUGUGUAUAAUGGAUCUGCUGGCAGUAGUAGUGUUUUGUUUUAGGAUGUUGUGACUUAGCAAAAAUAAUACAGAUGUCUUCCCCCCUUUUGUAGCUUUGACAAUUUGAAUUAGAUUUCAAAUAAAAUCUGAACAGAAAACUAUAAUGUUGUUUUUUUGCCCCACUGGUGAUACUAAGUCCCUUAAGUCCUACUGAGUUUCACACUACUGUUGUGUUUCAUAUACCUGAUGCACUUUAUAAGCUCCAGUGUUCAAGUAGCUUAAGUUUUAUAUUUACAAAGAUGACUAACCAAAUUAAGGGACCUGAAACUCCUAUUUGAUGGUUUGCUAACCAUUUUCUUUGAUAAGUUUCUCUUGGGUAAUACUAAUACCCAGAUAUCAAAGACUAGGUAGAUAUGGCAUGGUGUUUUGUUAGUGGGAUGCCUGGAUAAAACAUUUUUUCACAGAAGCAAUAUGUAUUCCAUACAUCCAACCCAUGUUGUGAGUAACUACUUACUUUUAGGGGAAAAUUAAAUAUCUUCUUCAUUUCCUCUUCUAUCAUGAAAGAAGUUUAUUUGUAAAAGAAAUUUUCUAACAAGGUUUGGCCAUAGAAUUCUCUUGUAUGAUAGUUGACUUUUUAUAAUCUUCUGUAAGCUGUCUUUCAAACACCGGCAUCAAAACAUUUUUUUUACAAGUUUCUGUUUAAACAGCUUAGUUGGUUUCCUCCCCACUCCCAAAGAGACUUGGGUUUAGUUAUAGCUUUAAGUAAAAUUUAAAAAUAAAAUGUUUUCAGGAAACUUAGUAUCUAAUGGUUUGUAAAUUCAAGGUGCAAAAGUUGAUUUAAACCAUUUGCAGAGUUGAACUCUAUUAUGAAAAUAAAUUUGCUAAGGUAGGAGGAAGAAAUAAAACUUGUGUAAUGUUGGUGGUCGUAAUAUUGCUACAAUUAUAAUAAAGGGUUAUGUAGAAUUGAACUGACACUAUUAUUUGUGAAUCUUGAUUUCAGUUUUUUAUGUAGGUACUUUAUACAGUGAUUUGGGGGUUUUUUCCCUCCCUAAAAGAGACGGUGGAAAAUAUUCUAACAAUGGAUCAUUUUGAUUUAGUUUGCUUUUUAAUAAAAUCUUUCAACUUGUUUUACUUAAUCUUGCCUAGUCACAAAUUAAGAUGCUGUAUCCAUGAUUUGGAGAGUAGCUAUCUUAGCUGAGCAGUGAGAUAUACUAUUUCCAAACUGCACACCUAUAAUAGCUUUGGAAAUGAGCCAGUCACUGUUUUACUUAAUGGUUCUUAUCAGCAUGCAAAUAUUGCUUGAAAGUUAUUUCCUUAUCAUUCACUGUUUGGUUAGUCCAUUUUGUUAGGAAACAUUAAUUCCUAAGAUUCAUUCAGAAUAAUGAAAAGUGAACAUUUGGUGCUGAUACUCAACCUAUAAAUGUAGCCAUUUAAAAAGUAACAUUUUUUUCUCCCCUGUUCAUUGCUUGGGAGAAUGGAAUUUUAUAACUACCUUACUUUGCAAAAAUAAUGGUAAUGUUGAAUUGGUGGUGAUUUUGGCAUUCCAUCUUACACUGGUGUCUAGUAUAGGCUUAGAAAUAAUUGGUCAGGUAAUUUUUCCAGUCAAGUUGCAAGAGGUGCUUAUUUCUCUCUUUUUCAAAAAAAGACAUCCUGGAGAAGCAGGAUUGAGUAAAAAAGUUUAGGUCAGUUUUGGGUGCUUAUUUGUAAUAUUUUUCCUACUGCAGUGGAGUUUAGCAGUUCUUUUUAUCUGGAUUCAGAUAUGUAUCAUAGUUUAUCUUACAGUGGGUGAAACUGACAUUGUUUUGUGAGGAUUUCUUAGGCCUGAUAGAAUAUAUAUUCUGUGAAGUUUGUUCAUGUGUAAGUACUAGAUUAUAUUGGAUUUUUUUUCUUGAAUUGCAAAUGGUAUUAUUAGAUAGGUUAUUUCCAGUUUUACUUCAUGAGAAAAUAUCUAGAGUAAACCUACUUAAUAACCUUAUGGAUUCUAUGAAAAUUUAAUGGGAUCAGAAAUUGGUGACUGAUAAGGGGGAAGAUAUUCUACCACGUUUUUACAGUUGUUCAUUAUUCAUGUUUCUUGUCUAAAGAACACUCAAGUUACAGAGCAAAAUUUUUAUAGGUUGAUUAGAAUGUUCAUAAGCAUGGUCUUCCAGUUAUAGGAAAGACCAUGUUCCAUCUAUAGACACCUACUGUCCUCUACCACAGCUACAUGCCAGAGUGGUAUCCAUGGUUCUUAUAAAGGGCAUGACUUAGGCUCUUCACCCUCCAACUUAAUGUUUAUACACAGGGAUUGUUUACUAGGUUAAUGACUUUUAACUCCCUUCUUUUCUAUAGGUGAGAGAAAAUGAGUGUUGGUCUGUUUCUUACCAAAGAGAGAGAGACCUGUGAUGGAAAAUGAUCAUGUCUGUGAAUUUUGUCUUUGAUAUUGUAGUUCCUUAUUACAGAUAGUAAGCAUAUAGGAAUUUCUGAGCUAUAACAUGUUUAGAAGUUAGAAAUUACAGAAUGAACACAGGAAAAAGCGCUGACUCAAAGGAUGCUCUUGUUUGGCUCGGAAUGUUUUUGGCUUUUCUGCUAAAGGUGGCAGAAAUUACACAGACCCGAUUUUUCUUCUUUUUUGAGACGGAGUCUCCCUCUGCUGCUCAGGCUGGAGUGCAGUGGCACGAUCUUGUCUCACUGCAACCUCUGCCUCCUGAGUUCAAGCGAUUCUCCUGCCUCAGCCUCCUGAAUAGCUGGGACUACAGGUACCUGCCACAAUGCCCGGCCAAUUUUUUGUAUUUUUAGUAGAGAUGGGGUUUCACUGUGUUAGCCAAGGAUGGUCUUGAUCUCCUGACCAUGUGAUCUGCCUGCCUUGGCCUCCCAAAGUGCUGGGAUUAUAGACAUAAGCUACAGCUCCUCGCCUUGAUUUUUUUUGACUACAGACCUUUCUUGUGGGCUUACCCUGAGACUUUUAUCCCAAUUACUGAAUCUUGGAGAGAAUACUUGCUUAUUUAUGACUUACGUAUUUCCCCCCCAAAUUUUAAUAUUCUUGAGCACGUGAAAAUACUUUUGAGAAAUUUUGACCAUGAUUAAAUUUAGGUUUAUUAGAAAUAUUCUGUACAUAUUUGCCUCCAUGGUGGCAUAAGUUCUGAAGAAUUAUAUGACCAUGAUAAUAGUUUAUCAUCAUUAUUAUCAUUCAUAAUAAGGGUAAAUCUCUGUAUUGCCAAAGAGACUUAAACUGUUCUGAUGACCACACAGUGUGAUUUCUUUAGCAGAGAAGGUUGGUUUUAAAAAUAAAUAAUGCCACUUUUCUAAGACUGUACAGUUUAAAAAUAGGGUUUUUUUUUUUUUGUUUAUUGUUUUCCUCUUCUAUUGUUUUAGUGAAAAGCCUAAUCACAGGAAAUUGUGCAGAUACUAGUGAAGAUACUAGUAUAAGUUUAAAGAACACGUGACUAUACAAAUCUCACAUUUACAAAGUGCUUGGUCUCUUCAUAUUUCACACGCAUGCUUUAGAAUAGAUUUUAAGGAGUGUUUAAUUCAUUAUCCUUUUGACUUUUAAAAUUUUUGUUAUCAACUUCCUAGGACUUACAAUAUACAAAUAAGUACAAAUCCCAGGGGAAGUGUUGUGAUGAUAGACUAAAAGGUGGGAAUGUGCUGCUGUUCCGUGAGCCUUGUUCAUUGUUGAAAAUUUGAUGCCUCACUGUUUAUUCAGUACCACCUCAUGGAGCUUCAAUGUAAAUGGAUUAUAUGUAUAAUUGGUAAUUUGUAUAGUUUUGUAGAUUAAAUGCAGUCAUCAUGUCACAUGUAAUUGUGCUUGGAGUAUUUGUGUUUUAUUCUUUUACUUCAGCGGGUUCUUGUCUGUUACAUCUCUGGUGAUUUGAAAUAUCAGGAAAGAGUUUGUCAGAAGUUAGAAUAAUAUAGUUGAAAUUAGCUUGGCUAAAAUAUUCUACAGUAAGACAAUUUCUUUUGGGUGAACUGAUUCUUAUAAUUUAGUUACUUUUGAUGUAAGGAUUAGGUUUUGUUGAGCUGCUUUCCAGAUCAGACUGUCACUUUAUAGUUUUUCUACAUAAAGAUUAUAUAGUUGCAAACAAAGCUUGUGAAAUUUCCCCUUUGUUGCUUCUUUUGGUUACUUUAAUAAAAGUACAUUGUUUUCAUAGCAAACUUAGACUGUUCAUGUAAUUUUCUCCGUAUUGUUUUUUCGAAUGCAAGCUCAGUAAAUGUCUAGUUUUUCAGCAUCUUUCUCUCAGAUGAAAUAAGUGAUGUGACAUGUUUAUCAGUUAUGGCUAAAAUGUUAAAAUGUUAUUACAUCUUACAUGUUUAAACUAUAAUCAAAUAUUUUCAGGCUAGAUUGUUCUCUUGGUUAGGAAAUUUCAUUUCGUUAUUGGUUCCUUUUUUAAAAAGUUACUCUUUAUUGCAUUGAGAAAAAUUGUAAACAUUCUACAGAAGUAAAAUAGUACAGUGAACAUUACAUACCAUCAACCUGCAGAUAACUUAGAUGUAUCUCUAAAUAUUUUGUUUUUAAAACAUACCUGUAGUGUCAUUGUCAUAUUAACAAAUCAUUGGUUCUUUUUUAAAAAGACAAUUAUUUUAAUUGUGAUAAAAUGCUCAUAACAAAAUUUGCCUCUUAACAAAGUGGUGUUAAGUAUACUCAUAUGAUUAUGCAGCCAAUUUCCAGAACUUUUUUGUCUUGCAAAAUUGAAACUCUGUACCCAUUAAACAACUCAUUUCCCUCUUC